CAACUGAUGUCAACCCUGUCCUCUUUUUCUCUGACUGUUCCUUGAUUUCCUCCUCAAUUGUGCCAGUAAUACGACCUAUGGGACGCAUCCUAAUAAUGUGAAAAUCUCUUUUCUGACAAAAAAAACCCAUAAGAAGGAGGGAACGAAAGUGGAUGUCGUAAGAAUAGAUGUCAAUCGUCGAAGAAAACGAGACCGAAUCUGCAAAACGUGUUCAGGUUUCUGAAAGAGACUUUAAUGAGUUGAAGAGUGUAAUUGAUAAUUAAAUCUCGGGGGAAAAACAGAUUUAAAUUAGACAAGAGAUUUUAUGCAAAACUUCUGAAGAAAAUUGCAGCUCCCAAGUCAGCUGCUACAUCCAUGCGACGGAAAGCACAACCGAACCGGGUUGUUUAUUACCUGCGUUCUGGUGAAUCUUUAAAGGAUGGUGAUGAUAAAAGCACGAAUAUAGUUCACAUAUCGUCGAAGCCGAAGAAAAAUAAAAAUGUUGAGAAAGUUCCUUCUCGUUAUCGCGGCGGGCCUCUGUCUGGGAAAUCCAGAUGCCAAGAGACUCUACGACGAUCUACUUUCGAAUUACAAUCGUUUAAUUAGACCAGUUUUAAAUAAUACAGACACCAUUGUCGUCAAACUGGGUCUUCGACUUUCUCAACUUAUAGAUCUGAAUCUCAAGGAUCAGAUUUUAACGACAAACGUUUGGUUAGAGCAUGAAUGGCAGGACCACAAAUUUCAGUGGGAGCCAACAGAGUAUGGUGGGAUGAAAGAACUAUACGUUCCAAGUGAACAUAUAUGGCUACCGGAUAUUGUUCUUUACAAUAAUGCCGAUGGCGAAUAUGGUAUAACGACAAUGACAAAAGCUGUCCUUCAUUACACUGGAAAAGUAGUAUGGAUACCACCAGCUAUUUUCAAGUCAUCAUGUGAAAUUGAUGUCAGGUACUUUCCUUUCGAUCAGCAAACCUGCUUCAUGAAGUUUGGAUCAUGGACUUACGACGGAUUUCAAAUAGACUUGAAGCACAAGGAUUCGAACGAGGGCGACGACAAAGUGGAAGUUGGAAUCGACUUGACGGAGUAUUAUCCAAGUGUCGAGUGGGAUAUCCUGAGCGUCCCGGCAGAACGGCAUGAAAAAUUUUACCCCUGCUGUCUUGAGCCCUAUCCGGAUAUCUUCUUCAAUAUCACCCUUCGGCGGAAGACUCUCUUUUACACGGUGAACCUAAUUAUUCCUUGCGUCAGCAUCUCCUACCUUUCGGUUCUGGCUUUCUAUCUGCCAGCGGAUUCAAGAGAGAAGAUCGCCCUCUGCAUCAACAUUCUUCUUUCUCAAACAAUGUUUUUCUUGCUCAUCUCUGAAAUCAUUCCCUCGACAUCGCUGGCUCUACCCUUGCUGGGAAAAUAUCUCCUAUUCACGAUGGUUCUUGUAGGACUGUCUGUGGUCAUCACCAUCAUCAUCUUGAACGUGCAUUAUCGAAAACCGAGCACACACAAAAUGGCUCCUUGGGUGAGGAAAAUUUUCAUACGACGAUUACCCAAGCUGUUACUCAUGAGAGUUCCUGAUGAUCUACUGAAAGAUCUUGCAGCACACAAGAUUUUUGGACGACGAUCCGGAAGUAAGAGGGAUAAAUUUAAGGAUGCUGUGUCAGCUGCUGUCCAAUCAUCUUCAAAUGUUUCAUCACCGGACUCUAUUCGUCACACAAGAUUAGGAGGUUGCAAUGGUUUGCAUACAACGACAGCACACAACAGAUUCCUUGUAGGAAGUCUAGCUGGUUACAACGGUCUUCCAACAGUGAUGUCUGGCUUGGAUGAGUCCAUGAGUGAUGUAACUCCCAGAAAAAAAUAUCCUUUUGAAUUGGAAAAGGCUCUUCACAACGUAAUGUUUAUCCAACAUCAUAUCCAGCGCACCGACGAAUUUAACGCUGAAGACCAAGACUGGGGAUUUGUGGCAAUGGUACUGGAUCGUCUCUUUCUUUAUAUUUUUAUAACGGCUUCUCUCGUAGGCACAGUUGCAAUUCUCGCCGAAGCUCCUGCCCUUUACGAUGACACUAAAGCUAUUGACAUGGAACUAUCAUCUGUCGCUCAACAACAGCUCUUCCCAGGAAAAAUGCUGGAAAAACUCGAAAACCUUUUACCUCGCUAAUUUUCAUUUUUCAAGCGAGUUCAUCUUUUUAAACCAAGGGUAUAGCCACUUUUGAAAGAUCUAUACAAACACAAAGCACUGCCUAUAUUCACUCUUACUAAAAAAAAGGUAAAAAUUCUACUAUCGAAUACUAAAUACCUUUUAGUGCAAACCGAAAUGUAUAUCAAAUGAUUUAAAACAAUUUAACUUAUAAAAAAUAGACAUUUUUCAAGGGGUUCUUAGCGACAGUAACAUGAAGUAGUCGCCCAAGCGAACCGCAUGAACGGUACGGUUACGUAAUUUCGUGACCUUAAAGUGACAUUUUAUUUUUUUAAAUUAAUUAACUCUAAUUUUUGUAGAGACGAAUUUAAAAGUAACAUGCUCUGAAGUUAAUAAAUAUUUUUAAAAAUGAGAAAAAACUCAAUUUUUCACACUUAUUUAAAAAUUUUAAUGUAUGCUGGAUGUUCAAAGAUAUUUAAUGUUUAGUAUUCUUGUGUUUAUUAUUAAAGACAUGUUUGAAAAGCUUGUAAGGGUUAUUCAAAAUGUCUUAAAUUUCACUAACCCUGGGAUUUGUGAAGUGUGACAGUGCUAAUGUGUCAAAAGACAUGUGGAUAUUGACAAAUUUGUUCUCAUUGAGCCACUUUAUCGACAGAGAUUCGAGAAGAAAAAAUUAUUCUCAUAAUUCCGACAUAUGAUUGACAAAAAGUUGAGGUUAUUCUCAGAAAAAUCUCUUUCUCUCACGAACUUAAAUGACAAUAUUCAUUUAUCUCUUUUUUAAGUUUCAUAAUUCAAGCAAAAUUGUAUUUUUUAGUAACAUUUGGUUACGACUGCCUAUUGAUUUCCGACAAUUUUAAGUAAACAGAUAUCUCUGUCAGAAAUCGUAAAUUGAAUUUUUGCCAGGUUUCUUCUAGACACCUCGUUCUUAGUCCAAGAGUUAAUGGAUUAACUGCAGACCAAUAUUGUGAUUGGUUGAGCAGUUUGCACAAUGUGAGGUUUCAAGGUCACAGAGUUUUUAGAUAUUGAUUUCGAUACUGAUGAAGUUCUCGAAUGUAUUUUCUAAUUUCUUAGUUAUUGUACAUUCUAAAAAUUUUAUAAAUAGAAUUAUAAUUCCGAAUGUUAUGAGAUGUUAUAAUAUGACAGUUCUUGGCGAGAUUAGGGUUUGCAUUUGCAAAAAAAAAAGAAUUAAAUUAGUCUAAUAGAAUUUCAUAAAAAAUGUCAUGUUCUUAUAAAAUCUAUUUUAAAAUAAACUGUUCGACCCUGGUUCUACUGGGAGCCAGUGGCAUUUUCAUAGAUGGCAGUUGCUCUCAGUAGGACGGUUUUUUAACGUGUUAUUUGUUAUAUAUAUAAUAUUAGUAUUUUAUACCAUAUGACGUAUAUAA